AUGACGAAUAACCGGAGAAGGUUCCUAAAUCAACGUGACAAGACACCUGCAAGUGAUAAGACACAGCAACUGUCUUGUGUUUGCUGGCCAGCUGUACAUGUCAUAUCGGGCCAAAUAAAUGGAGAGUUUUGGUGGCUGAAUAGCAAACUGGCUGCGAUACGAAACUUCGAACCUCCACCGCCCAAAAUUGAUGAUACCAACGAAAAUGAGACGGAUGAAAGUGUUAAAAUUGUAUUCAAGGAUGAAGAUGGUCAGGGAAAAAUCAGAGAUGACAAAGUUGGAGAAAAUAAUUGGCAAGCUUCCUUCGUUUUCAGAGAAGAUGGUGUUAAAUCGGUCGAUGUAAAAAGUGAUAUAAAAGUAAAUAAUAAGAUUUUAUUCGAAUUAAAUACUAAUGAGUAUAUUCCUGUGAAUAAUACAAUCGCUUCAAAUUCUGAGAAAGAAUCCGAAGAAAAAUUGGAAGAUGUUUUUGAGUUCGUCUUUCCAGAGAGUGUUGAAGAAGAUAACAAAAUUACAACUGCAUCGGCAGUCAACAAGUCAAAAGUCUUCAGAUCGACUCCAAAAGAUGAGAGAACUCCUAAUAAAAUUGCAAUCAAUGAUAAAAUUUGGUUUGAAGAUGAUGAUGAUGCAAGAGAAGACAAAAAUAAUUUCGAAGAGACUGAGAGCAUAUGCACAUUUCUGAAGAAGCAAGAGUGUCUUCGAAAUAAGGGUGUUGUUCAUAAAUCAAAUGAACACCUCAGAAACUGUCCAAAGCAUAGAUCCGUGGAUGAUCAAAAAGUUUGUUGUAUACUCCCACAUCGUUCAGAAGUAUCUGCCGCAAUAAGAUAUCCUGAAGAAUCUUCGGACAGAUUUAAGCGAUCUGCCGCUGCCGAAACCAAUGCAGCAUUGAAACAAAGAAAUGCCUUACUACAACGUAAAUUUGUAACCGUACCUGUUGCCAAACCAACCGCUGCAACACAGGCUAAGAUCACUCAGAAGAUUGUGACUCCAGAUGACUAUGCAGACCCGUACUGGAAUGUCAAAAAUCCAAGCCAAACUAAUACAAAAUAUGACUACGUUAGUCAAGAGUACGGUGACUAUACUGUAGAAUUACCCAAGCCAGGCUUAAUUGGCCUUUACUCUGAUUUAGGUUCCAGUCAAACUACUUGGCAAUUGUCAAAUAAGAAAGGAUUUAAUUACGGUGGUGGUGAUGAUGUGAGCGAUGAAGAUAGCGAAGAGAUCCCUUUCGGUUACUCGACUUUUGACCCGAGGAAGAAUCGUAAACGAGGUUCAACAGUAGCUCCAAAUUCGAGAAGACCGAUGAAAAUAAAGAUACCCGACGAAAUUACGGAACCAAGCCGACCAAUAACGUUCAAAUCGAACCCAGAUUUCCACGUUUUAGAGGGAUUUAAACUGCUCAAUUUGGCGAAGAAAAAGAACAGAUUCGUAAGGACUACACUUCCUUUUACUAUUACUGAGAGUCAUGCAGAGUCGAAUAUUCAGCCGUGCCAGAUGGAUGCGGAUUAUGAAGACUCGAGUGAGCAGCAGCAAGUGUAUAGAAAAUGUGGGAAAAGCGUUAUGCAGUACACUGGAAGUAAUGAAGACAUAGCGGAGGAAGGUUUUGACCCGUGGUUGGCGCUGGUCAUUCGCACCAAGAGCCGACAGAAGAUCCUGUGUUAUGCCACCAUUGUGCACCCUCGGGCCGCUGUUACCGCUGCUGACUGCGUGGUUGGGUCUAAACCUGGCGAGCUCAGCGUCCUCUCCGGCGUCUGGGAGUUGAGGAGCCAGUCCUCGUCUCAACAGCGCUUGUGCACCGUCCACGCGCACUCACAAUACAAUGGAGAACUUGACAAUAACAUCGCACUGCUGAGCUGGAAACGGCCUCUCAAGCUGGAGGCGGGCGUGCAGCCGGCGUGUGUGGCCGACCCCCACGUCGGUGACCACUGCUACUUCGUGGGCUGGGCUGGAUACGACCAAGCAAUGGAGAGCACGGCACGUCGACAAAAAGCCACAAUACUGACACCGCGACAGUGUGCGGAGCGGAUCUCUAAGCCCGACGUCACGCUGCCGAGAGACGCGUUUUGUGCCGCCGUCAAGUCGCGCGGUACUGUGACGGGUGUGGGCGGGCCGCUGCUAUGCCGUAACGGUGAUCGCACAUCGCUAGUGGGGCUAGCGGUAUGGCGCGAGGACGUCGUGGUGUUGUUGCCCGUCACGCAAUUUGUCGCCGCGACAAUACCUGAUGUCGCGCACGAUUGA